AUGGAGAUACCGGCAGAGACUGUUGAUAGCCUACAGAUAUAUAAAGUGUUCCGAAUGGGGGAAUACGACAAACAUAGGAAAUAUCCUCGGCCAGUCUGUGUCCAGUUUGUAAAUAAAUUACAUAAGGACAUUGUGAUGAGACACAUUAAAAUUCUCAAGGAUAAGAAGUCCCCAAUAAGAGUGUCUCAACACCAACCUGAAGAAGUCCGUGAAAAAAGGAAGCAUUUAUAUGAUGUCCAAAAGAAAUAUGCGGACCGUAACAUAGAAACUGUGCUAAAAGGUCAGAAGCUCAUUUUCACGCAGAGCAAAACGGUGUAUAGGGAAAAUAUUGGUAGCAGACCAAUGGCCGAUGAGAUCAUCUGUGGAGAAGAGGUAAAGAUCACGAUCAGUACGGGGAAGACAUCAGAAGACAAUGGAAACCGG